UUGGGUUUGUUUUGUUUGGUGUUCGGUUCUGUUAUUAUUUUAUAUCGUUAUUCUGCGCGGUGGAUCCAGUUUGUAAAUCACGAGAAACGGGAGAUUCUCAGUUCAAUUCAAACCGAUUCUUAAUUCUGUACCAAAUACAAAUUACCUAGUGCCCAACGGAAAGGAUGCCCAAGGUGCGCCGUAGCCGCAAGCAGCCCCCGGAAGGGUGGGAACUGAUCGAACCGACCCUCGAGGAACUGGAGCAAAAAAUGCGCGAAGCUGAAACGGAACCGCACGAAGGGAAACGUAUCACCGAGUCGCUGUGGCCUAUCUUUAAGAUCCACCACCAGAAAUCCCGCUACAUUUACGAUCUGUUCUACCGGAGGAAGGCCAUCAGCCGGGAACUGUACGAGUACUGCCUGAAGGAGAAGAUUGCCGAUGGCAAUUUGAUAGCCAAGUGGAAGAAGUCGGGUUAUGAGAAUUUGUGCUGCCUGCGGUGCAUCCAGACGAGGGACACUAAUUUUGGAACAAACUGCAUCUGCCGGGUGCCGAAAUCGAAGCUGGAGGAAGGUCGAGUGGUGGAGUGUGUGCAUUGCGGAUGUCGGGGUUGCUCCGGGUAAGCAUGCGUGCGGUGAGAGACUGAAUAUUUUGUGUUUCGUGUUUUUCUGACAACAUUCUUUAGAACAAUAUUCUGUAAUGAAAAUACAUUUUGAAAUAAUGA